UUGGAAAACAAAAAAUAAUUUUUUAAUAUCCUUGGUCUAUUAUUAUUUGUCCGAUUAUAAAACCUUUAUAAAUAAAUAACAUAAAAAAGCGUUACUCGAUCGAUAAUAUUUCAUUUUGGAUGGUAUUCGAUCACAAGAUAUUGUUGGCAUGGUAAACCAAGUAGUUAAUCAAUAUUCUGAGUAGAAGAGCCGCGUAAAAAUGUGCCUAUGUUUGGGCCCAAUGAAGUCCGGAAAAACUCUUCUUUUGAAAAAUCUUCGUGGAGACAGUAUAGAUGAGGCUAAUUCAACUGUCCAGACUAAUGGUAUCAACCUUUUUAAUGUACGCAAUUCCGAUAGACACUUUGAACUUGUCAUACGAGAAAUCGGAGGUAGCAUGGCACCGAUUUGGAGACAUCAUCUUGACAGGGUUUACAAGGUGAUAUACGUUGUGGAUACCAGCAAUCUGUGCCAAAUAAGUGCUGCUGGAGUUUUGUUAUACUCGUUACUAGUGGAACCUAAACUUGCGUUAGCAAAAUUUGCUUUAAUCUUAACAAAGAUGGAUCUGUCCUAUCGUCAAAUGAGGAACGAAGCGCUGCUGAUGUUGAAUUUCUCUCGACUUCAGAAGGAAGUGCGCCAGGAAAUCACUGUUAUCGAAGCAAGUGGAGUUACGGGACAAGGUGUGGAUAAGCUAAGAGAAUGGCUUUUUGACCCUGUCACCCUGGCUAAUGCAAGUCGUCGCUAAUGAAGUUCGGAAUAUUUGUACAAUAGUAUUGUGUUUUUGAAAAUCUAUAUAUUUUCAUUUAUCGAUUUUGUCUUAGACUACACAAUAAAGUUAAAAAAAAAAAAAACGUUCA